CUGUGCUUCAGUGGGCUUCUCACUGCCUUGAGUGAGUUGCACUGGGCUGGCUUCUAUUCACCCUGCAUGGCUGACUGCUCUCUUCCUACACCGUGUGCCAGAAAGGGCUGCCGUACCCUUGGCACAAACACCACCAGGCACCUUUCUGUGGUCCUUCUUUUCUUAAUCCUAUCCAAGUAUGCAGCAGCUCUUGGGUCACCUCAUGAGCUCUGGGACAGGUGGGAAAGAACUGAGAGAAAGAGCGACAAAGCAUGAGUGGGGGGGAGGCCAGCCGCGCUGUGGGUCUUUCUGCCAAGCCUCCGGGACACCCACCACAAGGAGAGGAGACCCUGGCCCAACAUCCUCUAAGAUGUUUAUAUGGACCAGCGGCCGGACGUCUUCUUCGUACAGACAUGACGAGAAAAGAAAUAUUUACCAGAAAAUCAGGGACCAUGACCUGCUGGACAAAAGGAAAACAGUCACAGCCCUGAAGGCAGGAGAGGACCGUGCCAUCCUCCUGGGACUGGCCAUGAUGCUGUGCUCCAUCAUGAUGUACUUUCUGCUGGGAAUCACACUCCUGCGCUCCUACAUGCAGAGCGUGUGGACUGAAGAGUCUCAGUGCACCUUGCUGAACGCGUCCAUCACGGAAACAUUUAACUGCUCCUUCAGCUGCGGUCCAGACUGCUGGAGACGCUCCCAGUACCCCUGCCUCCAGGUGUACGUGAACCUGACUUCUUCCGGGGAAAAGCUCCUCCUCUACCACACGGAAGAGACGAUAAAAAUCAAUCAGAAGUGCUCCUAUAUACCUAAGUGUGGGAAAAACUUUGAAGAAUCCAUGUCCCUGGUGAAUGUUGUCAUGGAAAACUUCAGGAAGUACCAACACUUCUCCUGCUAUUCUGACCCAGAAGGAAACCAGAAGAGCGUCAUUCUAACCAAACUCUACAGUUCCAACGUGCUGUUCCACUCGCUCUUCUGGCCAACCUGUAUGAUGGCUGGGGGAGUGGCGAUUGUUGCCAUGGUGAAACUUACACAGUACCUCUCCCUGCUCUGUGAGAGGCUCCAGAGGAUCAAUAGAUAAACGCAAAUGUGGAUAAAAUAAUUUUUGUUAAAGCUCAAAUACUGUUUUCUUUCAUUCUUCACCAAAGAACCUUAAGUUUGUAAUGUGCCGUCUGUUAUGAGCUCCCUAAUAUAUUCUUGUACGUAGAGCAAUAAUGCAAAAGCUGUUCUAUAUGCAAACAUGAUGUCUUUAUUAUUCAGGAGAAGAAAUAACUGUUUCGUGUCAGUUGGUGGUUUCCAUCAUCUUAUUUCUGUGCUGGAACUAGUACUUUCUUCUCUCAUUCCACCAAAAUAGGGCUCAGUUAUUCAUUUGCCAAGCUUUGUGAAGGAAUGUAGGUGACAUCAGUGUGAUAGAGUCUGUGUUCUGAGUUGUCAGCUCUCUUGAAGACAAUAUUUUUCAUCACUCAUCGUUUACUAAAGCUACAGCCAAAAAUAUUUUUUUCUUUUCUUGUUCUAAACUGAGCCCUACAGCAAGUGAAGGGACCAGAUUUCCUAAUUAAAGGAAGUUAGGUGCUUUCCUUGUAUUUUUUACCAUAUCACUGUAAAGAAGAGGAGAAACCCAGCCAGCUACUUUUUUUCCAUCACUUUUUAUUUAUAACUUUAGAUUUUUAAAAUUAAUUUCCAAAAUAUAAGCUGUUUUCAUGAGCCAAUUCUAUACUAUCUUCCCGUGAUUUGUGUAGAAAACGAACAGACUCCUUUUCCAUUUAAGACCCUGCUACUGUGUGAAGAGAUGAUACUUACAAGGAGGUGUCAUUACCUAUGAGCUGACUGAAUCUUGGUAGGUGCUCCAUUACAAUCCAGAAAAGUCUAUGUUACUGAUAUUUGUGUGGAAAUCUUUAUUUCAUUUCAAUUUAACUGUUAGAUGGUAAAAUUAAGAUGCUACUUGCUGGUAAAAAUUGGUGGACUGGUUUCAAUGGGUAAAUCUGUUGUGGCAAAUUAAUGUGUUGGAAUAUUGCUCUUUGGGAGUUUAUGUUUAAUGAAUGUGUAGUAUCUUCUUCUGACAACUGUUCCCUAUUGGGAUUUUAAAGCUAUGUGCACAGAAUAUUUGUCUCUUCUACAUGUUUUAUUUUUCUAUUUACGAUUCCCUUUUUGUUGAUAUAUUUUAUACACUGAACAGAUCUUUUUUCUAACACAUAUUUGAACUGAAUAACAGACAUAAAGCCUUCAUUCACAUUGCUAUUUACUUACUGUGUCUGGGGGGAAAUAGGUGGGAUUGAUUUCAAAUAAAAACAUUCCAUCUUUCAUUUAAUAUCAAUAUCAAAAGAAGAAGACAAACAUCUAUCUUUCUCAUCCAUAUUUAAGUACCUUUUUGUAAUGUAGUAUCAAAGUUUUUUAGGUAUUGUGAAAUUUUACAAAUCAUUUGUGGAAUGAAUGGUAAAACUAAUCUGAUGAAAUGGAAAAUUAUUCUGCAAUAUUGUAAUUCAUAGUUUGACUUUUCAUAAGCAAAUAACUCCCUAGGAUGUAAUCAGGACUUCAAAUGUGUAAUUAAAUUUUUUU